AUGGAUCAUGACUCAGGCGAAAGGAAGCUGGAGAGUGCGCCAAAGUUCGACGGGAGCGACUAUUGGACUUGGAGCUUCCGAUUCGAGCAAUGGGCAGAGGCGCACGAUCUAUGGGGGUACUUUGAUGGUUCGGAGGAGCGGCCUGCAUCGGGUGACGCACGGCUAAAGUGGGAGAGGAGAAAUAAGAAGGCAUUUGCCCAAUUCUGCAAUGCCUUGGUGCCAGAUGAGUUGAUUCGCUUGGUACGGGAGUUUGGCGGCAAGACCGAGUUGGGAAACGCAUCUGUUGAUGGCGGAGCAAGAGCGGUCACCCGAGUUCCUGCAGGCACAGCAGCGGCAUACACACGAGUGAAGGAGUUCUACCUUCAGCGUGGAUUGUGUAACCGGAUGGCACUCUCUAAGGAACUCUCUUCCUUGAAGAUGAAAGAAGGGGAGGGAGUGGCUGCAUACUGGGCGCGUGCCGAGAACUUGAGGUCCAAGUACUUGGCUGCAGGAGGGAAGGAAGAGGUUGAUGAGUGGAUGAUGAGGGUACUGAAAGGACUACCUCCUCACUUUGAGAUGCUGAAGGUAGUGCUGAACAACCAAUCACCAUCGCUUACUAAGGAUCAGCUGCUUACCUCCUUGAGGAGCGAGGAGAUGCGGAUUGGUGUUGCACCAAGAUCAGAUGGUGUAGCCACUUUUGGAGCGGGUACGAAACAAUGUCCUCAUCGACCUAAGGGAGACAUUCCGGCAUUCUUAAAGCGGGGGGGUCGUGGAUCCAACGGCAAGGCACAGGUGGCGGAUAAGGAGGAGCAGGAUGACAAGGCCGAGGCAGUGGUUGGAGAGGCAGUUGCAGCAGUAGGAGAGGAGCAGCCGCGAGAGGGGUGGUGGAUUGACAGUGGGGCCAGCCACAACUUUACUCCUUAUGCAUCGGACUUCAAAAGUAAACUUCAGCCACCAGAGGUUCGGGGAGUUAGAUUGGGAGAUGGACGGGUGGUGAAAGCUGUUGGCAUGGGUGAGGUGCCAGUGGUUGGUGCUGGAGCACGGGCUGUCAUGUGUGUCUGCGUUGGGGUGGAUAUGGAGAGCAAGGGUUGGCGCAUGCUGGGCCCUUCUCUCAUGCGCAUUCGCAUUGCUCGGGAUGUUGAUUUUCUUGAGAAUGUGAUGUUGAAGGAUUGGGACAAGGCAAAGGGAUUUGGGGAGCUUCUGCAGGAUGCAGCUGCGAUUUCCCAACUCCUCCCUCUUCCACUCCCGCCACCCUCAGCACCGGCUGACGACGUUGAGAUGCCACCUUCAUCACGGCCACCGGCACCGCUGAGUGUGUCGGUGCAGCAGCAGCCCACCCCUCUGCAGCAGCUCAGUGGCCCCUCGGUCAUUCAGCGGAGAUCCGCUACACAGGCUACUUCCUCUUCCUCCUCCUCUGGUCAGCGCUCUGUCCCUCUCUCUACGGGUGCCCCUCCGUCACCAGCGACUACCUCCCCACCACCGGUUACGGGUUUGCAGGUGCUUGGUAUCCAGUCUGGUACAGGUGGUGAGGAGGUAAGGGGGGAUGCUGGUGUGGUUGAGGGCAUGCUCUAUUUGGCCAAGGAGGUGGAAGGGCCCUGCGUGGAAGGCAGGCGCUGA